CCCAAAGCAUUGUGGGUGCUCUUAACAAGUCAAAGCAGAUCCAAACACCGGCGCAGCUUGUCGGGCUGAAUCGGUCGACGAAAGCAGCAGUCAUCUCACUCACAUAUCAAACAAUUAAAUUCAUUAAUGGCGGCUUCUCCUCAAAUCAACCCUUGAUAUUAACUCUCCUCUCCCCCGCCGUCUUCGGGUCCACACCCCUCUGAAUAAUUAUAUACACCAUCCGCAACGGUAUACAUAUUUAUAAUCCAGCGCAUAAUAUUUCAAGUCCCUGUUGCAUUGCCUGGGCUUUGGGUUUUUGUGCUUCUGAGCUUCAGACCAGUCAAUCAGAUUUGUGCCUUAUGAAUUUCUGUGAUAUAUAAUGGCAAUUGAUCUCCUUUUCGGCUCGAAAGAAGCUCAAAUCAUAAGAUACACCAUACAGAUUGAAGAUCACUAUCUUGUACCCACUUAUAGCUGAGAGUACUAAAGGUUAACUAUAAAAUCAUGGAUUCUAGCCUGCCCAAUCAACCCAACAACACAGUAAAGCAUUUCCCAUUGACCCCUUUCAGAAUUUUGAGGGGCGUACUAUGCCUAACAGUUUAUCUUUCAACAGCAUUCAUGUUCUUAGUGUAUUUUGUGCCACCAGUCUCUGUAUUGCGCUUGUUUAGUGUACAUUAUAGUAGAAAGUGUGCAUCCCUUCUGUUUGGCUUGUGGCUUGGUUUAUGGCCAUUCUUUUUCGAAAAAAUAAACAAAACUAGGUUUGUCUUUUCUGGGGACAGAAUUCCGGUUGAAAAACGUGUUCUGAUAAUGUCCAACCACAGAACAGAGGUCGACUGGAUGUAUCUAUGGAACCUUGCACUCAGGAAAGGAUGCUUGGGAUACAUAAAGUACGUUCUCAAGAGUAGUUUGAUGAAACUUCCGAUUUUCGGGUGGGGAUUUCACGUCUUAGAGUUUGUUCCUGUGGAGAGGAAGUGGGAAGUUGAUGAGCCAGUAAUGCGCCAAAUGCUUGAGACCUUUACCGGUUAUCGGGACCCACUAUGGCUAGCUGUUUUUCCAGAAGGAACUGAUUAUACUGAAAAAAAGUGCAAAAAUAACCAGAAGUUUGCCGUUGAAAAUGGAUUGCCCGUACUGAAAAAUGUGCUGAUUCCAAAAACCAAAGGUUUCUUCACUUGUUUGGCGAACCUGAGGGUCUCCUUAGAUGCAGUUUAUGAUGUGACCAUAGCAUACAAGAACCAGUGCCCUUCUUUCACGGACAAUGUUUUUGGUGUGGACCCCACCGAAGUACACAUGCAUAUCAAACGCAUUCCACUGGAUAAAAUCCCAUCAUCUGAAAACGAGGCCGCCACCUGGCUUAUGGAUGCAUUUGUUCAAAAGGAUCAGCUCCUUACUGAUUUUGUCGUAAACGGGCAAUUUCCUGAUCAAGGAACCGAACCGCAGCUCUCGUCUGUUAAGUGUGCAGCUAACUGCGCAGUCGUAUUAGGUUUUACUGCUAUUUUCAUUCUCCUAACAUUCUUUUCAUCCGUAUGGUUUAAAGGAUAUGUAGGUUUAGGUUGUUUGUAUAUGGCUUGCGCUGCCUAUUUCAAUAUCAGACCUGCUCCUCCUGUUGUUGGUACUCAACGAACUAUUAGCCGGAAGAAAAUGUUUUAAGUGAUUGAUGAUUGUAUAAAAAACAUUUGUGCUGUUAAAUUUUGUUGUUUCUUUAACUGGACUUCAGGGGUUUAGCUAUAGAGUAACAAAGAUACCAACCAUGUCCUGCUGUUGAAUCUUGAGAAUUAUUUGGCAAGCUAUAGAGUAA